AUCUUUAGUCAUUACCUUCUUAUUUCUGAGAUUUUUUGUUAACCCUCCUCAGUUCACCCACACUUCCAAGUCAAUAUAUUAUUGAUCAUUAUCACAACAUAGUUUAGAUUUAGAUAGAGGAGAGAAAGAAAGAAAGAAACACCAUGGCUUUCUCAACCAGUGCUUUGCUCUCCACAAACUUCCUAGGAACCAAGGUUCUGUUAUCACCCCCAACCCCCAAAACAACCAAACAAUCACUUCCUCUACCCUCAUGUCUCAACACAUGGUCUCAGAAACCCAAGAAAAACAUCAAUUUCUCCGAACCACUCAAAUUGGCAUCUUCACAAGCUGCCUUAGCAGCCCUUAUCUUCUCCUCCGCGAGCUUCACCGCCCCUGAAGCUAUUGCAGUAGCAGAAAACACCACCCCUCCUCCACCGGUAAUCGAAGCACCGCAACCCAGCCAACUCAACGCCGCAAACUCCUCACCGUUUGCUCAGAAUCUCUCCCUCACAGCACCCAAGCCGCAAUCCCAGAACUCCUCUGACCUCCCCGAUGGGACCCAGUGGAGAUACAGCGAGUUCCUCAACGCUGUCAAGAAGGGCAAGGUCGAGCGCGUGAGAUUCAGCAAGGACGGUUCCGCGCUUCAGCUCACCGCCGUCGAUGGCCGCCGCGCCGGCGUUAUUGUGCCAAACGACCCUGACCUCAUCGACAUCCUUGCAAUGAACGGCGUCGAUAUUUCCGUCUCUGAAGGAGAAUCAGGUAAUGGGCUCUUCAGCAUCAUCGGGAACUUGCUGUUUCCGGUGCUUGCGUUUGCAGGGCUGUUCCUCCUCUUCCGUAGAGCUCAGGGCGGGCCUGGAGGACCCGGCGGGCUCGGAGGACCCAUGGAUUUCGGCAGGUCGAAGUCGAAGUUUCAGGAGGUUCCGGAAACAGGGGUGACCUUCGCCGACGUGGCCGGUGCUGAUCAGGCGAAGCUGGAGUUGCAAGAGGUGGUUGAUUUCUUGAAGAAUCCUGACAAGUACACUGCGCUGGGUGCGAAGAUUCCAAAAGGGUGUCUUCUGGUUGGGCCACCGGGAACAGGGAAGACCCUUCUGGCGAGAGCGGUGGCUGGUGAAGCCGGCACGCCGUUCUUCUCGUGCGCGGCUUCUGAGUUCGUGGAGCUCUUUGUGGGGGUUGGUGCGUCCAGGGUGAGGGAUUUGUUUGAGAAGGCGAAAUCGAAGGCACCGUGCAUUGUGUUCAUUGAUGAGAUUGAUGCUGUUGGGAGGCAGAGAGGGGCGGGGCUCGGUGGUGGGAAUGAUGAGAGGGAGCAGACAAUUAACCAGCUCUUGACAGAGAUGGAUGGCUUUUCUGGAAACUCUGGUGUCAUUGUUUUGGCUGCCACUAACAGACCUGAUGUUCUUGAUUCAGCAUUGCUAAGGCCUGGCCGAUUCGAUAGGCAAGUUACUGUGGACAGACCUGAUGUUGCAGGAAGAGUCAAAAUUCUUCAGGUGCAUUCUAGAGGAAAAGCACUUGCCAAAGAUGUUGAUUUUGAUAAGAUUGCCAGGAGAACCCCAGGGUUCACAGGGGCUGAUUUGCAGAAUCUGAUGAAUGAAGCAGCUAUUCUUGCAGCUAGGCGUGACCUCAAGGAGAUUAGCAAGGAUGAGAUAUCUGAUGCGCUUGAGAGGAUCAUUGCUGGACCAGAAAAGAAGAAUGCUGUUGUUUCAGAAGAGAAGAAGAAAUUAGUAGCCUAUCAUGAGGCUGGCCAUGCUCUAGUAGGUGCUUUAAUGCCUGAAUAUGACCCUGUUGCCAAGAUAUCCAUUAUUCCUCGUGGUCAAGCUGGUGGUCUCACCUUUUUUGCUCCCAGCGAAGAGAGACUCGAGUCUGGAUUAUACAGUAGAAGCUACUUGGAAAAUCAGAUGGCAGUUGCACUUGGUGGAAGGGUUGCUGAAGAGGUGAUUUUUGGCCAGGAGAAUGUCACUACCGGAGCAUCAAAUGACUUUAUGCAAGUUUCAAGAGUGGCGAGGCAGAUGGUUGAGAGAUUUGGGUUCAGCAAGAAAAUUGGACAAAUUGCCAUUGGUGGAGCUGGUGGAAAUCCAUUCUUGGGUCAACAGAUGUCAACACAAAAAGAUUACUCCAUGGCAACUGCAGAUGUAGUGGAUGCGGAAGUAAGGGAACUGGUGGAGACAGCCUAUUCUAGGGCAACACAAAUUAUCACAACUCACAUUGACAUCCUUCACAAGCUUGCUCAACUUCUCAUAGAGAAAGAAACCGUGGAUGGUGAAGAGUUCAUGAGUCUAUUUAUUGAUGGAAAAGCUGAAUUAUAUGUUGCAUAGUGAUACACUUAACCCACAUAAUCAUGUUUAUGUUUGUACUGUAAGAUACGCUGAGACAUGUACACUUGUAAGAAUCAAUUAAAUAUAUUUUAUCAAAUUCUUGGUGGAAAAA